AUGGCCAGCAGCUGGCUAAAGCCACCACAUCUACAACUGCCCCAAAACGAGGUACAGGCCUCAGACGCUGAGCCAUUCCAGCCGCUCGUCGAGGAGCUGAAGCGACUGAAUCCAGAUGACCCGCAACUCGCCCACCAGGCUGCCCAGAUCGUGAGAUUUUACCGACGGCUGUAUGAAUCCUAUGUCGCAAAAGAGUCCGAAAGCCGACGUUUUGAGAGCGCGAAUGGGGAACUCCGCACAGCAAACAUUCAAUUGUGCCAAGAACGUGACUACCUGAAAAGUAGACACGCUAAACAAGAACAAGAACUGGCCUAUUUUAGACAAGCCUUUGACAAUCUUGGCACGGGUAUUGGUAGGCUCCUAAGGAGCUCAAAGGGCUGCACCUCGGCACCGAUGUGUGAGACACCUACCCAAGUGAACGAGGAAGGUCUUUAA